AUGUCAGCACUGGACAUAACAAUGUACAUGAUCUUUACACAUAUUUCCCAUGCAGGACAAACGUCGCGCAGUACUAAUAUAGGAUAUGAUCACACUUUAUGUAAGCCACGCGGUACUAACUUAGGAUACGUUCACACUUUAUGUAAGUCACGCGAAUACCCUGCGUUAUCAGAUCUACGCGCCUACGACAUUGUGGAACCAAUUGUUGUCAGUAAAAGCGGAAAACAUCAUCGCUGGAGAAGAGCAGUCCAGAAACAUGUUAAUGGUGAGGAUCUGGAAUUCAUUUUACACACGAAGUUAAAGAAAUACCAUUUGUUUUUACAGCUUAACAGGCGUCUUGUUCAUCCAGACUUUACCUUAACAUACCAAACUCGCAACGGUAAAAACAAAGUCGAAAAGCCGAUAUUAAAAAAAUGUCAUUACCAUGGUCGACUAUUGGAGACGAACUCAAGGGCAGCGAUAAGUAUUUGUGAAGGUGGUUUGUCGUAUAUGUUAGAAAUAUCAUCAUUUGCUUUUAGUUCACUUUAUAAAAUCGUCUGCAUAUGUUUUAGUGGAAGAAUUGUUACAAGCACUGGAGAGAAUGUGUUUAUCGAACCAUUGAAUGAUAAACAUGGUCGACAUAUUGUCUUCAAAAGUAAAGACGUCAAAACCAACAAAGCAAUGAAGAUCGAUAUGCUGUCUAGAAUGGUUCCUCAAAAGCUGAAAAACAACAUUCGGUUUCGACGCAACAUAGAUGGUAAUUUUCUCGUCAAUCAAACAAAGUACAUCACUAUCGCAUUUGUGGCUGAUAAAACAUACUAUACAAGUCAAGGUAGCAUGGAAAAAAGCGUUACAAAGAUUAUGAAGAUUAUAAACCACAUGGAUUUUGUAAGUAGUUUGAAUAUGUCUGUUUUACUGCACAGGUCGCAACGCAAGAUUUACAGAACUAUAAACGUACGGAUAGCGAUCAUUUCGCUUGAUAUAUGGAACAUACGUAACGUCAUUACGAUCACUAACAUCACAAGCAGUAACCUUAAUAUAUUUAACAAAUAUAAUUUGGCAGAAUUAGUCAUCAAUAGACAAGGAAAGCAUGACAAUGCUCAAUUACUCACGUAA